UACACAAGAAUGGUGUUAAGACUCUCAAGUGGUUCUGGAGAAACGUCCAAACUGAGCCGGGACCAGCCCUGGUAACACAGCCUGUAUUUGUGUUAUACAGUACUCAAAUAAAGAUUGUUUCUCCAAACUCAUUAUGAGCCUGGGCCUGUGCUAAUGGUGUGUAACAUUAUAUUUUUUACGUCUAUUUCUGGGUGUUGCUUUAGCACUUGAGUGUAUUGUGUACAAGUAUCAUGUAUGCAGUGUGUGUGUGUGUGUGUGUGUGUGUGUGUGUGUGUGUGUGUUUGAGAGAGCAUGCAUUGUUGACACCUUUGCAUGUUUGGCUGCCUCCUUUUAGGUCAGGACAGGCUGUGACGAGACAAGGAAACCAGGAUCUAGUUUCAGGCUGGAUGAGACUAUAAAAAAACCAGAGAGCACCCUGCCCAGACGGGAGGACAGACGGUCAAAAAGAAGCAAUAAGGAUUCAGAUCUUAGACAGCAGAAACCUAGAAUACAAGGGGUUGCUUGUUAGCCACAGGACAAUCAGUUUUAUACAAAACUGAGRAAAACUGCAGCUCCAAACAAAAGGUGACAAACCUUCCAACUUUUUUGAACUUCAGAAUUGCACGCCCGAACCCUGCCCUUGAGGAGAGGGGGGAACCUCUCGGGCCAUGCUAGCUGCCCGGAGCAGCGGAGGGGGCAUUGGGGGCCAUGGCGGCGGACACCAACCGCCCAACAUUCACCGGAGACAGUCGGUGGCCUCCCUCAGCGGGUCGAAAGCCCAACGCAGCAACUCCCAAGAUGCGAAGCGCAACUCCCUCUCCAGCAAAAAGGUGGCGCAGCAGAGACACAAAGCAGCGCUGAUCCGAGAGCUGGAGACCAGCUGGUACCUGAGGAUGUUCGGAUUGGGCAAAGACGAAACGGUGGCACAUAAAACUGGCAUGCUCUACAGGAAUCUUGGGAAGUCAGGGCUCAGAGUAUCAUGCUUAGGACUCGGUACGUGGGUGACAUUUGGAGGACAGAUAACAGAUGAGGUUGCAGAGCAGCUCAUGACAAUCGCCUAUGAGAGUGGAGUCAACUUGUUCGACACAGCUGAGGUCUACGCUGGCGGCAGGGCCGAAAUCAUUUUGGGAAACAUUAUCAAGAAGAAGUGCUGGAGGCGGUCAAGCUUGGUUAUUACAACUAAACUUUACUGGGGAGGAAAAGCAGAGACAGAAAGAGGCUUGUCGCGGAAACACAUUAUUGAAGGUCUGAAAGGUUCUCUACAGAGGAUGCAGAUGGAGUAUGUAGAUGUGGUUUUUGCCAAUCGUCCGGACAGCAAUACUCCCAUGGAGGAAAUUGUUCGAGCAAUGACCUAUGUGAUCAACCAAGGCAUGGCGAUGUAUUGGGGAACAUCUCGGUGGACAGCGAUGGAGAUCAUGGAGGCUUACUCUGUGGCGAGGCAGUUUAAUUUGAUCCCUCCAGUGUGUGAACAGGCAGAGUAUCAUCUCUUCCAGAGGGAGAAAGUCGAGGUGCAACUGCCUGAACUUUACCAUAAGAUAGGAGUUGGGGCGAUGACUUGGUCACCACUAGCGUGUGGCAUCAUCACAGGAAAAUAUGAAAAUGGCAUCCCAGAAUCCUCAAGGGCCUCGAUGAAGUCUUAUCAGUGGUUGAAGGAGAAGAUAGUGAGCGAGGACGGAAGGAAGCAGCAAGCCAAGCUAAAAGAGCUGAACCACAUCGCGGAGAAGCUGGGCUGCACGCUGCCUCAGCUGGCCGUGGCGUGGUGUUUAAGAAAUGAAGGAGUGAGUUCAGUCCUUCUAGGAACGUCCAACCCUAAUCAGCUCACAGAGAACCUUGGGGCCAUCCAGGUCCUUCCUAAGAUGACCUCUCACGUGGUGUCGGACAUCGACCACAUCCUGGGCAACAGACCCUACAGUAAGAAGGACUACCGCUCUUAGACCCGGCCGGUGGACCACCAAGAUGUCAGCUAGCAUCUACCUAACCUACCCCGCAACCUUGGACCCUCUGAGGGACACAUCCACACCCCCUAUCUCUUUCUCUCUUCUGUUGGGGGGGGUGGGUGGGGUGGGGGGUGCCCAGGUUCAGACCCACCUGACGGCCUUUGCUACGUCCAGCACUGCACGCUGCAACUCCGACUUUCUGCUUCAAUCAUCCCGACUCGGUCUCACCUCAGGUGCGGUCCGGCUUCAGCCCAGAAGAGCUUCGGCUUUUCACACAACUUAGUAGACUCCAGCCCUCCGCCCCGAUCGGAGGCGUGCACCUACGAUUCAGCGGCAGCACGCAGAAACWUAGAGAUAAAACUAUGCAGAGCUCUUUUUUUUGCAGCGCAUGUUAAAGCUCAGAUUCAUCAUUACAAACAUCUAUUUUUCUGACAUCUGCACAACUAAAACUUACAUCCAGACAGUAAAACAGCACGCAGCGAUGACUCAGUUUUAAAUAUUAGUCAGCUUGGUUCAUGAGGGGGCACAGCAGGCCUAUUUCAAAUGAAAGUGCCUUGUUCAAGAGCACCUUGUCAUCAAUCCUCCCAGUAACGCUCCAAAAGCUUGAGUUUACUUAUUUAAGCUCCAAACCUGAAUUCGCAAAUAAUUUGAGAAUAAAAACAACAUAUUUUAUUUAUGAGGCCCACUGUACCACCGCUGAAUACAUUAGUGUGUAAACACAUUAGCCUUAGGAGCUAGAGUUCAGAGGCUUCAGUUGCAUGCUGAACACAAGUCACUUAGUCGAUGCUUUCAUUACUAUGCCAGGCAGUGGAGCGAACGAAAUUACCAUAAACGCUUCAAACUUUCACUUCCUUCCUCMGAGGUGCAAGUCAUGGGAUGAAACUUCAUCGUCGACAAGGUGACCCCCAGAAAACAGAGUUUAUGCACAUGAAUUCAUCAGCUCGUAUCAGCUUUAAAACUCUUAGACAAUGUAAUCCAUUCCAUCUUUAAUAAUGAUAGUAUUCAUGGACUGUAUURGCUGCAGAUUGGGAGAAGUUUAAUCAACAGAUGCAUGUUUCCCCCGUUACAGUGUGCCUCUUCUUCUCAUUUGACUGCUGAAUUUCUGAUCUGAAGCACUGCAAGCUUGUCUGGAGUGUGUGUGUGUGUGUGUGUGUGUGUGUGUGUGGAGACUGGUGAAGCAGAGGAAUAUGGGACAUGUGUGGGGACUUUGAAAUAAGAGAUAUGUCGCCCUCGUGUGGUGGUUUUCUGAAGCUGCAACUCUAUUUCACACAGGAGAAAUGAUGCCUUGCAAAAAA